UUUCUGUCCCUCUCCUCACUUCCUCUCCCCCUGCUUUCGCCUCUCCCUCGUUUCUCCGUCACCUCUUCCUUACAUUUUCCCUCGCCCCCUCGUCCUCUUCACCUCUGGCUCACCACUUCCACCUCUCCUUCACCUGUCGCUUGCCACUUUCACUUCUCCCUCACCUGUCUCUCUUCCUCACCCCUACCCACCCUGGGUCACUGCUCCGCCUCAGGAUGAAGUCGAACCAGAGAUGGCUGAAGCUGCGGACAACGGUACAGCUGUCAGGGGCGCUCUCCUCCUCGAUGAACAGAGCCAAGCCUCCGCUCAAGCGCGAGGACUCCUUCAUCAAGCGCUUCUCCACCAGGCAGAUCGCUGAGGUCCAGGACACAGUCGACCAGACGGACGAGAGGACCUUAGUAAGAACUCGACGGGGUCGCCCAAGAUCCGCAAGAAGAAAAAAGAAGCGGCAGCCUCGCACUGUCAUCAAUCCCUACGGCAACGUGUACUUUUACUGGUUGUGUGUGCUCACCAUCUGCGUCCUCUAUAACCUGUGGACGCCCAUCGUCAGGCAAGCUUUUCCUGAGCUCCAACGGUCACCCCCACCCAUUUGGUACCUGAGUGAUGGGCUUACAGAUAUGAUCUUUCUGCUGGAUAUCCUGGUACAGUUUCGGACGGGUUACCUUGAGCAGGGCCUUAUAGUGUACGACUUCAAGAAGCUCGCCAACCACUACAUGCAUUCCAGGAGUUUUAUGCUUGACCUUGUAUCUCUUUUCCCAUUAGAUUUUUUACAAUUUGUGAUUGGUACUCACCCUAUCAUAAGAUUUCCAAGAUUUAUCAAGGUGUAUCGCGUGUACAACUAUUAUUAUAUGGUGGAGUCACGUACGUUAUAUCCCAACAUGUGGCGGGUGAUGAACCUCAUACACAUCCUUCUGCUCCUCGCUCACUGGUUUGGCUGCUUCUACUACAUGCUCUCAGAGGCCGAGCACUUCAGGGGAGACUGGACCUAUCCCUAUCAUGAUGAUUCUGCCUUUAAGACAUUAUCAAGAAAAUACCUUGGUUCUGUGUACUGGUCCACCCUCACUCUCACCACCAUCGGUGACCUUCCCACACCUGAAACAAACAGGCAGGGUAACCAGAGCCACGAUGUGUGGCUACAGGCGCUGCCACUGCUUGACCCCACCUUCACCCGGCCCGGACACUUUACUGAGCAGGUAACGGAGAUGUCUAGGGUGGCGGGCCUGGCUACCCCUGACCCAGGGGGCACCUCUGGGCCUGCCCCCAUGCUAGUAGGGAGCCAGGAGCCUGGGGCCAUCCCCAGCCCUGUGGCAAUUGGGAACCACCCCGGGCGAGCCGGCGUCUCAACUAAUUCCAUUGGUGAUCGUGGCGUGAGUCCGGCCCUUCGUCACCCAUUCCGAGUCAGCCCGUCCUUCAGCGGCCCGUCCAGCCCUGACCCGGCUCCUAGUGUGCUUGGUCAGGUUGAUCCCGACUGGCCGCGAGCCCUGCCUCGUCGCGGGCUCAAGUCUCGCCUACUGAGGAUCAAGACCAACGCCGGAUAUAUUUUUACUAUAGUUAGCUACCUCAUUGGCGUCUUCAUCUUCGCUACUAUCGUUGGUCAAGUGGGCAAUGUUAUUACAAAUCGUAAUGCCAACCGGCUAGAGUUUGAAAGACUUCUGGAUGGAGCCAAGCUGUACAUGAGACACCAUAAAGUCCCACGAGCUAUGCAGAGACGGGUCCAGCGCUGGUACGACUAUUCUUGGUCGAGAGGCCGAAUACAAGGAGGAGGAGAUAUCAACACUGCCCUGGGGCUCCUGCCUGACAAGCUUAGGACUGAACUUGCCCUCCAUGUUAACCUCCUCACACUCAAGAAGGUGAGCAUCUUCAAGGAAUGCCAACCAGAGUUCCUUCAUGAUUUAGUGCUCAAAAUGAAGGCCUACAUCUUCACACCUGGUGACCUUAUCUGCAGAAAGGGAGAAGUGGCAAGAGAGAUGUUCAUUAUAGCUGAUGGGAUCUUGGAGGUUAUAAGUGAGACUGGCAAAGUGCUAACAACAAUGAAAGCUGGUGAUUUCUUUGGGGAAAUAGGAAUCCUCAAUUUGGAUGGCCUUAACAAACGAACUGCUGAUGUAAGAUCUGUAGGGUACUCUGAGCUGUUCAGUCUUUCCAGGGAAGAUGUUCUUAUGGCAAUGAAAGAUUAUCCUGAAGCACAGGAGAUCCUUCAGAGUCUAGGACGCAAGAGAUUGAUGGAAGCACGUCACACAACCUCCAAGUCUGGCUCCUCAGGCUCCAGUAAAAGAGGAAGUCCUUUGCCUAACAGAGACGGCGUUUUUGAUGAGAAAAAUGCUAAGAAGAUUGUUAGCCGAAUAAGAUCAGAUGUUUCUGCAAUCAGGAAUGCCUUUCGGAGGAGUAAGGGCACUACUAAGUACAUCGAGACUCUGGAACAGGACAAUUUUACUGGAAGAAAAACGGACACUGAGACCCUGGAAUUGGAACAUCUUACUGGCGACAACCACUCCAGCACUGAAGAUGAUACCCCAGCUGUGAAGCGUAUUUUGAAGAGGAUUAGUGGCCGUAGUGGCAGUGAUUCAUCAGCAGGGGGAGCACGAGGCGUCUUGAAGAGGAUGGCUCGGGUAACUAGUGAUGAGAUGAAUCAGACUGUCAGCCCUGGCAGGGUACCAUCAAAUGAGGAGACACAAGGUGUCUUAGGUGCAGGAUUACCUCUUCUACAGCGUCUAAAGCUCCUUAAGGAAAAAGAGGAAAAAGAGGACAGAGAGAGACAACGACUGAAGGUAGAAGAGGACGCUAAGCAACAAAAGCAACAAGAACCUCCUAAGCAGGAGGAAGAACAUGAAGUCAUUGGUGCUGGCUUGCCUCUUUUUGCACGCUUAAAGCUCUUAAAAGCCAAGGAAGAGAAAGAAAGAAUGGAUAGAGAGCUCUUAAAAGCAAAAGAGGAGAAGGAAAAAAUGGAGAUGGAGGAUAAAGAACGAACAGAAAGAGAAAAUGCAGAUCAGCAAAAGGAAGUAAGUACCAACUUACCUGAUGCUGUCUCUAAGAAAGUUACAUCUCCAGUCACCAGUGUUCCAGUUAAAACACCUCAAAUGCAGCAAGAAACACAUGCUACUAAAGACAAAUCACAUCUUGUUGAUGCAAAACCUCGACCAACAGGGUUACUCAAAAGUAAGCUGAGAGCAGCAGUGCUUACAUCGCCAGGGCCAAUUACAACGACUGCAGCACCAGCAGGAACCACUGCAUCAGAGACUGAAACACACACACCAGUGGAGACUUCAACAACACAAUCAGCCCCAACAAAAUUAACACACUCAUUGACAAUAGUAAGAUCACCUAUAACAGCAACUGCAAUAGAGUCAGCAGGAACCACAGAGGAAACUGAAAAAAAAGAACCAGUAGAUUCAGAGUCCAAACAACAGUUAAAGAGUCCAAUUAAUGACCUCAACAAAGGUGUAGAAACCAAAAUUUCUCCUGAUGGUAGUGAAAAAGUUGUAAAUAAUGAUAGUGCAGUUAUAUCAAAAGAUAUUCAUUCAAGCAGUAAUAGUGUGCAGGGUAGCCAAUGUUUGGAAAGAGCCUUUGGAAAACUUUUAUCAAAGAAAUUAAACAUGCCAAAGGAAAGGACCAGUGUAAUAGAUAAACCUGUGGGGGAUUCUUCAAAACUUAAUGCAAAUAAGGAUAAAAUAAGCCGGAGUGAUAGCUUUAAGAAAGCAAUGGAUGAAGGUCGCAUACGAAGUUCGGAAGAACAUGAUUUAAAUAUAAAACCCCAUGAAAACUUUUCUAAGUUACAACCAACAAGAGAAAGUGAUAGUGAAGAUAUACAAUAUGCUCAAGAAAAUAAAAAAGUAGGGGAAAGCCAAAGUGACAACGAAGCAUCCCCUGUGAGUGAACAACAACCUGUAAUAGUUAAGAGAGAAAGUGAAAGUACUAAAAAAAGUAGUGAUAUACUUUCAAUAUGUGAUAUGAAUUCAAAGCCUGUUGGAGGAGGAUUGAAGGAGAAAGAAAGUUCACCUAAGGUUCUCCAGCCUCUGACGACAGAAAAUGGAACUACAACUCGACAGUUUCACAAAGUCGACUCUCUGAAGGUGCCUAGUGAUGAUGUUUCUCCGCCACUUUCCUCACCAGAAAGUACCGAGACACCAGAGAGAAAAACUCUAAAAAGUAUAUUAAAACGCAUGUCUCGUGAGGACUCCAGAGGAAACCUCUUACCCCCUGAUGGUGCUGACUUACGGAGACUUAUGAAAGCUCCAACAGUCGAAGGCUUUGUAGCCAGAAGAUCGAAACUUAGCAAAUCUGUUUCAUUCCAACGAAAAACACUUUCUUCUCCACCUCCUCCUGCUCUUCUUGAUGAACUUAAAAACUCUCAAUCACUUGACACACCUAGAAACACUGUUCCCGAAAUCCUUCCGAGCAAUGUAGUGUCAACAGCAGCAAAAGAAUCAGCCAAGGACAGGACAAAUGAUAGCUGCACGACCAACACUGAUGGCGUUAAUAAGCUUAUGGUGAAACUAGGCUCAAUGGGUCUGGAUGGGGCCCAGGAGACACAAGCUCAAGAUUUAGUUUUAGGAGUCAGAAAGAUACUCAGAGACAAAAUGGAUGAUGUUGAAGUAGCAUGGGUGGCACGAGUGGAAGAGUUGCAACAACAACUGGCAGCCCGAGAUGCCACCAUCAGAAACCUGACACACACCAUCUCUAUGUUACAGGCGAGUGUGGAGAACGAGGUCAUUGUCACUGAGAGCAGCCAAGUCAACGGAAGCACAACCAGUUGCCCCACGAUUAUCAGAUCAUCCUCGUCUGAUGCCAGCAGCGAUGGCUCAGAUGACGAUGAGCCACUCUUUAUGAGAUGCAACUCCAUUGAAUCAAUCAUCCAUCAGUCACCAGAAGGAUCUCCAGAAGGCAGACAUGCACCAUUGGGAGUACGUCGGUCCUGGCCACGUCAGGCUACUACUGUGGAACAGAGCCCGGCUCAGCAAACUCGGCUAGCAAGAUCUUUAGAAGAUUCACGUGUCCAUGGUGAUGUUACAUUAGAUGUCGAGUCCUCAACUGAUGAUGACAUAUGCUCUUUUUCGUCUGAUGAUGAUCAUGUUAUGUAUGGAGACAUAGGACUUGGAACAACAGAAAUUGAUGAUGAUGAUGAUGAUGCUCUUGAGGACGAACUAUCUGACAGUAUAUUUACUGUAGAAGAUGAAGAUGAUAUUGAUGAAGAUGCAGAAUGUGGUGAAAGUGGAGAAGCUGAGCUAAAUUCUCAGGAUUGGGAGGUACAGUUAUUAGCACGACAGUUAGCAGAGGAUCAACGUGGCUUUGCUCGUAAGGUAGACAGAGACAUUGCAGAAGGCCGCCUAGAUUGUGCUCUUGCAGAUCUCCACGAGGCUUUGGCUACAGACAAUUUAGGGCCACUUACAGAUGAUGAUCUUGCUAGAUUAGAAAAAGCUGUGAGACGCGAGCGAGAGAAAUUACGGAGAUAUGCUCGAAUGUACAGUCUGGAUGAAAGACCAUUACUUGAAGAUCAAUUUUCAUCCUUAUAUCGCAGUCGAUCCCAGCUCUUAUUAAGUCGUAGUUCAGCAUUAUGCCUCGCUGGACCUACACAACGUCGCCUUUCACUAUUGCUGGAACAACUUGCAAAAAUGCCCCCAGCAGAGCAGUUCCUAUUAGACCGUUUGGUAUAUACUACAGACCGCAAACGAAGGCUCUCCCGCCAGAGAUCUUUAUGUGAUGAGCAUUUAGCCUCAUAUAACUCGGCUCGUGUACCUAUAAGCAAUAGAUCUAAUCGAUCACUAGCUAACAGACGUUCACUGAGUGUAUGUUCUCCACCCCCUGGUGCUCCUCCCGCUACUCCCCUGAGAGAGACCCAGGGACCAAUAAGGGAACGUGGACGGGGAGAGAGUGGGCCACCAACAGUGUCAGCUAUGCUAGCUUCAUUACAGCGUUCAGUUGCUGCCAUUCGGGGACGUGGUUCUAGCAGUAACCAAAGCUCACAGAAAGAGGGAGCUCCUCUCUUACGGCCAUCUAGGUAACGCCACUGUAGCAAUACCAUGGUCACUUGGCCAUUCCUUCAGAGUAAUAACUCAAAGAAAGCAAUAGCAGUAUAAGCAUGCUUGUCUUCUGCUACUGCUAAAAAAUCAUCUUGAUAAUGUUUUGUGAUGAAUACCAGUUUACUUGACUAAAAACCAAAGCAAAGCAAUUUUUUUUUUUUGUGCAGAAUCAGAACUUGUCAUGCUAAAAGGACAUUCACCAUAAAACCAUAUUUUUCAUAUUUCCAUUUAGCCAGCAAUAGUAACCAAAAGAAUGUUAUUGUUGGUUAUUUUUAUGAUAGGCUGCUUGCAUGCAGCUGUACACUUAGGUAGAUUAUCGUUUCUGGGUAACAGGACAGAUAUGUUUGCGUUUACAUAAAUUAUAUUGGGGACUUAACCUGGACAAACAUGGCAUUGGAUUUCUCUAAAUUUUAGUAUGGGAACAUUCUGAUUAUACAGUAUAUUAUAUAUACUGUGCAAGCAUACAGUUUUAUUAUUUUAGUCUCAUACAGACACAUGCACAUGUGCACACGUAUGCACGCACGCACACACACACUCUUGCAAUAUAAAAUGAUAUGAAUAUGUUUGUUGAUAAUGUUAAGGUCCAUUGCAGGGUAAGCAACAUCAAAAACUAUGUAGACUAUCCAUGUAGGAAGACCUGGUAUGACCAGAGAAAGUGGAGUGAUAGAUGAUGGAAUUUAAUGUAGAUAAGUGCAAUGUAGAAGAAAUAGGAAAAAGCAUAUAGAGGCCACAUGAAGAUUAUAAACUCUGUGAAUAUUAAACCCAUCAUAUGUAGAGAGAGAGAGAGAGAGAGAGAUCUAAGAUAAUCACUAUGAAAGCUUCACUGUAAAUUUAUAUUAAUGAAAUCAUGAGAAAAUCUCCUGUGACACUGGAUAGCUUUAAAAUACAGCAAACUUUUGAUAUAUAGAGGGAAAUGCCAAAAAAAGAUAUUCACUACAUAAUGUCACACUAAAACUGGAAUAUGGAGCAAUGGUAUGGUCUCUGAACCUUAAAAAAAAAAUUAAGAUGAGCUACUAAAUGUCUACCAUAAUGAAAACACAUGAAAUACAAAGAAAACACAAAGGUAUUAGUCAUGUCCUCAUUAGCUGAUAAAGAGGAAAAGAAGACAUAUGAUAACAUUAAAGAGUAUAAAAAGAUUGAUAAUAUUUCAAAACACUACCAGCAAGGAGAACCAGAGGUCAUUCCUGUUAACUAAAAAAUAAAGUGCUACUGAAUGGAUCAAAGCCAGCAGAGAGAACCAGAAGCCAUUCCUGUGAACUAAAGUGUAGAAUGGAUUCCAGGAAUAUAUUCUUUACAGAGUUGUACAUGAAUGGAAUGGGUUACAAGCAGUAAUAAGUGCUACAACUACUGGUAACUUAAAAAUUAUAUGUUGAUACAAACACCUCGGAUAUAAAAAUGGGUAAAUUACUCGCACAAAAAUGAAUAAAACACUUGAACAAAAUGCUACUGAUUAACAAAUUCCUGUAAAUCAAAUCUAUUAAGCUAUGAUAUUCAGUGAAAUAAUUAAAGAAGUGGAUGGAUUGCAUUUGUUUAGACUUUCAAGAAAGCUUUCACUAGUCUCUUAUGAGAGAGUGAUCCAGAAAAUGCAAUCACAUGAUUAAAUGGAAAACUAUUACAAUGAAGAAAUUUCUUUCAAAAGGAAAACAGGAACAAAGCUGAUGUAACAUGUCUUUUUUGGGGUAGUCUCUCACCAGCAAGGUGCCAAAGAGGUCAGUGGAUAAAAUAGAAAAAAAGUCAAAGAUUGAGCUAAAAAAUGGCUACCAGGAUAGACUAAACAAAACGAGUUAGAAUGCAUUAGACAUUCUCUUAUUAGUUAACAGUAGGAAGAGAGAUAAGAUUAUUAAAGGAUACAAAAGAAUUUAUAAGGAAGAUUUCCUAGCACAGUCAACUGGAAAAAGAAGAGGUUGCAGCUAUAAACAAACAUUCUUCACAGAAUUUCAGAAGAAUGGAUUAAAUUACAAUAUGAGGUAAUAAGUACUAUAACCUCUGGAAAUUAAAAGAGAAUUAUAUGAUGAAUUAAUUGCAGAAGACCUCUACACAAUGAUUUUAAUUCUGCAGCUACAAAUAGGCUGUUACACACAAAUUUGGACAAAUUAGAAAAAAAAAAGAUUAUGAGGAAAGGCUUGUUACAUAUGGAUUGUUAGGAAAGGCAUGUAACAUAGGAUUACAGUGGAUUAGUAUAAAGAAAGACAAGUUUAACUGAUAAAAGAAAGAAAACAUGGUAGCCACAAGGUAAUUACAGGGGUACAGAGAAUAGAUAAGGAAUCAGUCAGAAGUCAGUGCUAAGCUGAGAAAAGAGGAAUAAGGAAAGGAUUUUUUUAAGAGUCAUGAUAAAAAGUUGUAUACGAUCAUACACAUCUGAUACUCGCAAGAAGACUAACUGUUGAUGUUAAAAAGUUUCCCCUAAAAUUCUAAGGAAGAAGAGGUGGACAAAGGAUACAGAAAAUUUUUCACAAAUAGAAUGGUAGAACAAGGAAAUGGGAUACAGGAAGCAAUAGGUGAUAUAGCCACUGGAAGUUUAAAUAAUAUACAAGGUUAAAUAUUUAAGAUGGGACACCAUGAGCAUAGCUCUGUUCCUAUACCUAAAACACUUAAUUACAUAUAUGUAUAUAUGUACUGUACUGUCAAGUCUCAUUAAGCAUUACUGAAAAAGUAUUUUUUUUUAUGGGAAAAAGUAGUAGAUGUCUGUAUACAGUAAUCCUUUCUGGUGCCACUAAUAAUUUUAAUACCUUUUUCCAUUUACCAUCUAUUUUCAUGGAAAAAAACUAACCUCACAGUACAGUAUGCAUAUAUAUGGACCAUUAGUAAAAACUUAAUCGAAGAAACAAGACCAAUUGUGCCUGCCUAUAAACGAUUAUCUAUCCUACAACAGUGCCAGCCUCAUCAGCUUCAUAAUCUUGCACUUCUCAGCUUGCAUCAUAUUAUCACAAGCUUAUAUUCAUAUACCAUAAUAUAUUAUAAAGACUUGAUAGUGUGAAUUAUAAGAGAAAGGCUCGAGCAACAAGAUACCUGUAGCAAUCCUAUGUCUCACUUGUCAGAUUUAUAUUGUUACUACAGGUCGAGUAUAAUACAUCCUCACCCUCAUUAGAAACUUUUUUGACAGUGUCUAAGAUUCUAGUUCUUCUAGCUCAUUUUACUACAAGUUGAUUUUUUUUAUAAUCAUGCACUUUUAAAUGUUAUAACCUACAUGGUGAAAUUAUUCAUUUAGUAUAUUUUUAAGUACACUAUAUCAAAUAUAGUAUUUCACUUUGCUCAGACUAUCAAAAUCUUAGCUGUGCAUAUUUCUACAGACAUUUUGCAUUACUUUAUAUGAAUUUGGAAGCAUGAAAAAAUGUAUACAAAAAAAAAAAAUCAUGCACCUUAAUUAUAACAAGCUUGAGUGUAUGUGUACACAUUUUACAUAUAUAAAUUUCUCAAAUGUACCUUUGUACUGCAUACACUGAAGGCAUUGGAAAUACCAUUAAAAUUCAGAAGAAAAAGAAUAAAUGUAACUUCUGUACAUAUGCACUCAUAAUACAGUACUACAUACGACAGUAAGGAAAGGAUUUUUUUUUUUUACUUAAAAUUAGAACAAGAGGUCACAAUUUCAAGUUUAAAAAAUGUAGAUCUUCUCAAAUGGGCUCUAUAAGAAAUCACAAUGCCACAAACCACUGCAAGCUUUAAAGUGUUAAGGAUCACAGAAGACAGAACAAAACAAUCAUAACUCUACUAAUUUAUGUGUAAAUAGGAAAUUACACACAUACAUGUGUAAAUACAAGAAAAAAUAAUGGCAUAAUACUAAUAUAAAUAUAUAAGAUUAAUACUAAGAGCUGAAAGCAGAAUAGAAUAAAAUGCUAAUUAAAUAUCUUUAUUUCUACAAGUACAUGCACAAGGUAUACAGGCUUAGCUGACAUCCAUGACAUACUACUACAAUGGAACCUCAGAUAUCGAACUUAAUCCGUUCCAGGAAUUAGUUCUAAAUUCGAAGUCUGAAAAGUGAAGCAAUAUUUCCCAUAAGAAAUAAUGGAAAUACAAUUAAUCCGUUCCAGACACCCGAAAAUAUUCACAAAAAAAAAAAAAAAAAAAAAAUUA